AUUUUCACUUGGUUUCAGCGUAAUACAAGCUUUGCGUUAUCUUUUAUUGGUCUAAAAAAAACUGUAAAAUGUGUUAUUUCAAGCCCAAUAGUUUUGAUAAAAUGAUUUUCUCUCAAUUUUAUCUACGGUUGUGUUCGAUGGCACAAUUUUAUCUAUGGUUGUGUUCGAUGGCACAAGUUUACAGGAGUUUUAUCCUUGUUGCUAUUGCAUGAUAGUCAUUAGCAGUAUAUUUCCUUGCUGAGCUUUGAUCUAUAGCAAAUAAACUUUCUGCAUAAAAACAUCAUUCCUAUGCUACAUAUCACCAUUUAUAACAUGACUGCGGUAAUUGCUUACUAUCAUUCGGUUGUUCAUGACUACACAUUUACAUUUACACAAUUAUAACGUUAAAACAAUACCUUCAUCAUUCUCUUUUGCUGUUUUCAGACUUUUUUAACUAGAAGACGGGAUAAAUUUAGGCUAUUGUAAUUUGGUCUCUCUCGCUCCCUGAGUGUACUCUGCUGCCUGCAUCCAUUUAUUGCGACCUCUUAUGGUGGAAGUGAUGCGACCUCUUGUGAUGACAAUGACAAAAUUGGAAAGUAGGGUGCAAGAUCAGCAGAAGUCACUAGAAAUAAUGAUAGGUACCAUCGAACAUUUGAAACAAACUCAGGCUGCUGCACCCACUGGACCUGAUUUAUCCCUGCUGGACGGAUUGCUACCAAUACAAAGAUAUGUAGACUUUGAGGACUUUGAACAACAGAUAAAUGGGGAAAGUCCCCUUAGAAAGUCACUGGUACAUAGACUCUAGAUUCUUGGGGGAGCAACCGUCAGCAGUCAAAACCAUGAUUGACUUCUGCAUGACAAGUGGACUCCAGUAUGAGUUCAACUGGGAAGGUCGUCUUGGCUGGAAGACGAAAACAAAUACAUGCAAGAAAGGGUUCAAGAACACGACAUUGUGUGGAAUUAUAAUAAAUAUUCUGGUGAACAAGACACAAUUAUCAACUGAUGAAACUGAAGUAGGGAAAACUAUGAUGAUUUAUCUAAGAAAUGCAUGUGACAGAUACUUGGGAAGGAAAAGACCAAAAGACUUGCGCAGUCAGCAAAGUCAAGAUGAGAAUCCCAAUUCAUCUCAACCUAAUUCUGGUGGGGAUCCUGAAGGAAUAUGAUAUAGAGCACUUUUGCUGACUGUUGUCAAGGAAAUUAUAAAUAUUCAUGUAAUUUGUUUAUCACUCAAAUUUAUCUUAUUAUUGUCAGUCUUUUGAUUAGAUUUUUAUAUUUAAAUGAAUAAUUUUUAUUAUGUUUAAAUGAAUAAUUUUAUGUAGAGACGUAUCAUUCUUUUCUGUCUAAUGUUUGUUGUGACUUCAUGCAAGAUGCUACAUCCAUUUAUCUCUUACAUACAGUGCUGUACUUAAUGAAUGGCAAUUUGUGUUCCUGCAUUACUUUUUUUUUUUAAUUAAAUGGAUGUAC